CAUUCCCACGUGUGCUGCCGAAAAUGCAAAAUGUGUGGGGCAUUGCGGCUUUUGUUACCGCUGUGAAAAUUCUUCUUAUUCCAACUUAUCACUCUACUGACUUUGAGGUCCAUCGUAAUUGGUUAGCAGUAACCAAUAGUUUGCCAUUGUCAAAGUGGUACUAUGAGGCCACAUCAGAAUGGACGUUGGAUUACCCUCCCUUCUUUGCCUGGUUUGAGUUUUUGCUCUCUCAUAUUGCAAAAUACGUGGACCCACAGAUUGUGGUGAUAAAAAACCUCAACUAUGCAAGCCAUGCCACAGUUUUGUUCCAGAGAUUUUCUGUCAUAAUUACAGAUUUUGUUUACAUCUAUGCCGUAAAAGAGUUCUGUGAGAAAUGUCUGCGUCCUGUGAAAAGGAGUCCAGAGGGAGAUGUUUUCUCCAAUUCUGUGCUCUCUCUGGCUGUCCUUAUGAUUGGAAACUUUGGACUCCUCAUUGUUGAUCAUAUUCAUUUUCAGUACAAUGGAUUCCUGUUUGGGAUCUUGAUGCUGUCUGUAGUAAGAAUAUAUGAGGGUCGCAAUCUGGAAGCAGCUUUAUUAUUUGCAACAUUACUCAACUUCAAACACAUCUUCCUGUAUGUGGCACCAGCUUAUUUUGUAUAUUUACUGAGGUCACACUGCUUCCAGAAUGCAAAAGAUGGCAGUAUCUUAUGGACCUCUUUUUCUCCUCUGCGCCUGUUCAAGCUGGGUACUGUGGUUUUCAUGGUGUGUGGGAUGUCCUUUGGGCCGUUCAUUGCCAUGGGCCAGCUUCCUCAAGUGAUCUCUAGGCUGUUUCCCUUCAAGCGUGGUCUCUGCCAUGCUUACUGGGCACCUAACUUCUGGGCACUGUACAAUGUAGUAGACAAGGCUGCCCAUAUCACAGGGACCAAACUGAAUCUCUUUCCCUCCACCAACAGCAGUCAGUCAGCAGUGAUGACAGGGGGGCUAGUACAGGAGUUCAACCAUGCAGUGCUGCCAUCUGUGAAACCCAUAGCAACGCUGGUGGCUACAGGGCUUUCUAUAGUGCCUGCGCUGUUCCUUUUGUGGAGGGGCUGUUACGGACCGAAGAGUUUUGUACGCUGUUUAACUCUCUGUGCGUUCGGAUCCUUCAUGUUUGGAUGGCAUGUCCAUGAAAAAGCCAUUUUACUAAUUAUAAUACCAAUGAGCCUCCUUGCUCUAGAGAAGAAGAGAGACGGGCAGCUAUUUUUAUUCCUGGCCACCACGGGCCAUUUCUCUCUCUUUCCACUGCUGUUUACAAUAGCAGAAACACCGAUUAAGAUUAUUUUAAUGUUGGUCUAUACAAUAUUUGCAUUCACAAGCUUAGGAGAAAUAUUUGGGUUACCAAGAAGAGGACUUUGUCUACCUUUACUAUCCAUUCCAGAGUCAUUGUAUAUUUUGGGUCUCAUUCCAGUACAACUGUACUGCAGCGUAGGCCAUUCUUUAUUACGAUUGGACGAAAAACUUCCGUUCAUACCUUUGAUGCUCACAUCAGCAUAUUGUGCUUUAGGAGUAACAUACUCAUGGCUACGGUUUUAUUGGUUAACGUGGAAGGAUAUUUGCGUAGAAAAAUCCAAAAAGAGGGAAUAAUCAUAUGCAAGAAUAAAAAAAUGGUUAUUUUCAAAUAUUUCCAUAUGAUUGUUAUUAUGCUAUUGCAGGCAUCACAUUGUCCUGAACUUGACGCCAGAUGGACACAGAGUAAUGGAAAUGAUUAAAUUCGUAUGUAAUGUGUAUAAAUAGCAAGCCAUUCAUGAA